AUGGUCGAGCAGAACGUAGCAAGCGCCCUCAUCCUGGAGGAUGAUGCCGACUGGGAUGUUCGUUUGAAAGAACAACUCGAGUCAAUCGCUCAAGGGACGCGGGUACUGCUUGAAAGAGCCCACACAGAAGAUGACUUCGUGUCAAAGCUCAGCCCCAAAACCAGGAAGUGGGACAAUAUCGACUCACCUUACGGAGACGGCUGGGACAUUCUAUGGCUGGGCCAUUGCGGCGAGACCUUCCCAGAGCGGAUCCCAGGCCACCACGAGAUCUACAACCUGUCAUCAGCACGAUACACAUACUACGCGCUGCAGGACGACGAAACCCUUCCGAGCGAUCCCAAGGACAUCACGGAGACCUGGAUCGGUCUCGAGCACAAGAGCGACAAGUACCAAGGCACGCGUUGGGUGCACUUCAGCGGUGGUCCGACUUGCAGCCAGGCAUACGCGCUUUCGCAAUCCGGCGCGAGGAAAGUAUUGCAUGCACUGAGUGUCGGUGGCACUCUGAUUGAGCAGCUGGACAACGCUAUGAGCCAUCUCUGCCGUGAUCACACGCCAUGGGAUAACCCUGACGAUGUCGAUGGCCCGCCUGGUUAUCCGGGUGCCAACAUGCGGUGCUUGAGUGUUAACCCGCCUCUCUUCUCCCAGCACAAGCCGCGCGGGCGGAAGGCAGCGGGCUCUGAUAUUGAGACCAUGGAGGAUGGUGAGGCGAUUAGGGAGGUGGGAGAGUCGCCGAACUUGGUGUGGAGUGCUCGAUUGAAUGUACAGAAUUUGAUGAACGGGAAGCCCAUGGAGGAUCAGUUCGCCAGGCCCAGGGAAGACACGGCUUAA